UGUAUGGUAAAGAUAACAACCAAUAAUGUCAAAAUAAUAUUGUAGAAAGUAAGGAUAUGAAAAAACAGUAGCAUUUUAAAAACUUUCUUGUUCAAUUCUUUUGAGAUAAUAAGACAAAGAUUUCAUUGAACACAAGGGAACCUUUACAUUUGUCCUAAUAAGUCAGGUUCAACCGUUUAAAUAGUAGAUAUAUAUCCAUUAGGUAGAAGAAAACAAACAUGGAAAGAAAUCUAAUCAAACAUAGGACAAACAGCAGAAGAUGACAGGGAAUAAAACAAACUGAAAAUGUACAAUAACACUAUGGUCAGGGAGAGUGGUUAAUGCUGUAUAUAUAUAGACACUAACUAGUAGGAUAUAGCUCAUAUUGCCAUGGCUCUCUUAGUCCUCUACUUUGCAUAUCUUUUCUCCUUUGUCUUAUUAACCCUUAUGGUACAAAAGAUAAGAAAGAAGAAAAGUUACUCAAAUUUUAACUUACCACCAGGGCCUAGAAAGCUACCUAUUAUAGGAAAUAUACACAAUCUGUUAAGCUCUCAACCCAAUCGAAAAUUAAGAGAUUUGGCAAAAAAAUAUGGACCUGUGAUGCAUCUUCAACUUGGAGAGGUUUCUACUAUUAUCAUUUCAUCACCCGAGUGUGCUAGGGAGGUUAUGAAAACUCAUGAUAUACACUUUGCAACAAGGCCUCAAAUCCUAGCUACAGAAAUAAUGACUUACAAUAACACAAAUAUAGCUUUCUCUCCUUAUGGUAAUUACUGGAGACAGUUACGAAAAAUAUGCACAUCGGAGCUUUUAAGCUUAAAAAGAGUAAACUCGUACCAACCAAUUAGAGAAGAAGUGCUCUCCAAUCUUGUCAAAUGGAUUGCUUCACAGAAUGGAUCGCCAAUAAACCUCACUGAAGCUGUAAUUUCUUCAAUAUACACAAUUGUUUCAAGGGCAGCCUUUGGCAAUAAAUGUAACGAGCAAGAAAAAUUUAUAGCAGUUGUAAAACAAUCAAUAAAGGUUUCAGCAGGUUUUAACUUGGGAGAUUUGUUUCCUUCUUCUAAAUGGGUACAACAUGUUACUGGUUUGAGGCCUAAGCUUGAGAGUUUUCAUCGACAAACUGAUCAGAUAUUUGAAAACAUCAUCAAGGCGCAUAAAGUUGAAAAAUACACAAAAGGCAAAGAUGAUCAAGGUGAAGUACAAGAAGAUCUGGUAGAUGUUCUCUUAAAAUAUGAGGAUGGUAGCAACCAGGAUUUUUCCUUAACAAAAGACAAUAUCAAAGCCAUAAUCAUGGACAUGUUUGGUGCUGGAAGUGAGACAUCUACAAGCACAAUAGAUUGGGCAAUGGUAGAAAUGGUAAGGAAUCCAAGAAUAAUGAAGAAAGCACAAGCUGAGGUGAGAGAGGUUUUCAAAAUGAAAGGAAGGGUUGAUGAAAAUUGCAUCAAUGAAAUUAAUUAUUUGAAAUCAGUAGUAAAAGAAACUUUAAGGCUACACCCUCCAGCACCUCUUUUGUUACCAAGAGAAUGCGGUCAAGCAUGUGAUAUAAACGGUUAUCACAUUCCGAUUAAGACUAAGGUGAUAAUUAAUGCUUGGGCAAUUGCAAGAGAUCCAAACUACUGGACUGAACCAGAGAAGUUUUAUCCAGAGAGAUUCAUUGACAGCACUAUUGACUAUAAAGGAAGUAAUUUUGAGUACAUUCCUUUUGGUGCUGGAAGAAGACUAUGCCCAGGGAUCACAUUUGGUUUGAGAAAUAUUGAGCUCGGCCUUGCAACGUUGUUGUAUCAUUUUGACUGGAAGCUUCCUAGUGGAAUCAGAAGUGAAGAAUUGGACAUGACUGACGAAUUUGGAGUCACAAUGAGAAGAAAAGAUGAUCUUUUGUUGCUACCAUUUUCUUAUCAUCCUUUGUCUGUUAUGUGAGCGUUACUAGAAGAUUCGUACUGUCAAUUCAAAGAACGCUAUACAGAAAUAAAAAUGGUGUAAGACUUACUUCAAUGUUGUAGGCUAUGACGCAUCUUUGAACAUAAUUUGUGGAAGCAUGAACCUGAAAAUGUAACCAACUGAAUAUUCAAAAGAAUCAAAACUAUAUAUUUUAUUCCCAAAAUGAUAUAUAAUCAAAUAAACAAGGGUCAUUUUUUAAAAUUAAACAGCUGUGUUGCUACUUG